AUGGCUCUGCACAGUGUUCCACCAAACCGCAAGGAAAUUUAUAAAUAUGAGGCUCUAUGGCCUCUUUACAGUAUGAAUUGGUCUGUGAGACCUGAUAAGAGAUUCAGGCUCGCUCUUGGAAGUUUUGUGGAAGAAUACAACAAUAAAGUUCAGAUUGUUUCUCUUGAUGAAGAAACAUCGGAGUUCAGUGCUAAGAAAAACCUCCUCGCAACAUCCGGUGACUACCUCCGAGUGUGGCGAGCAGCAGAACCCGAAACUCGUUUAGAAUGCGUUUUAAAUAACAACAAAAAUUCUGAUUUUUGCGCUCCUCUGACUUCCUUCGAUUGGAACGAAGUGGAUCCAAAUUUAAUUGGCACUUCUAGCAUCGACACAACCUGCACAAUCUGGGGAUUGGAGACUGGUCAAGUAUUGGGACGUGUGAACAUGGUGACUGGGCACGUUAAGACCCAGUUAAUUGCUCACGAUAAAGAAGUUUAUGAUAUUGCGUUCAGUCGAGCUGGAGGUGGACGAGAUAUGUUUGCAUCUGUUGGUGCUGAUGGAUCUGUCAGAAUGUUUGAUCUUCGUCAUUUGGAGCAUUCCACUAUUAUUUAUGAAGAUCCUCAGCACACACCACUGUUGAGACUCGCUUGGAAUAAACAAGAUCCUAAUUAUCUUGCAACUGUUGCUAUGGAUGCUUGUGAAGUCAUUAUUCUUGAUGUCAGGGUGCCAUGCACUCCAGUUGCUAGAUUAAAUAAUCAUAGAUCUCAAUUGAUGAUUUCCACCAUUCAUACCGUUGGAUCCUGUAAGAUACCUUUUCUAUCAUAAACUAUAGACUGAUAGGUUUAUACGUGUAACAUUUAUACAAAAAAAACCGAGAGCAGUGAAAAAAAAAUGUGUCAUCAGUGAAUGUUAUUGCGAACAAUUAGAAAAGCUGGCCAAACGCCUUGUGCGAGCCAUGCAGUUUUUCGCCACGGCAGAACACCCAAUCUUGCCGAUACUGGAGUGGAAAGAUAUUCUGCUGGCAACAACCAUAAGGAUACAUUUCCUAAAUAAGCGUCUGGGGGAAAUUUUCAAGGCCCAGCAACGCUGCGAUUAAUUUAAAUUUUUUUUGCUUGCUUUUAUU